AUGGGAGGCGAAAUCACGAAUGAAAAUACUCCGUUUAAAUGCACGGAGCCAAUAUUUUUCUACAAUGGAACAAAGAUUCCUGCAAUUGGUUUAGGUACUUGGCAAUCUUCAGAGGAAGAAGUAUAUGAUGCGGUUUUGUCAGCUAUAAAAGUUGGCUACCGACACAUAGAUACCGCCUCUGCUUAUGGAAAUGAACCAGCAAUUGGAAGAGCCAUAAAGGAUUCUGGAAUAAAUAGGAAUGAAUUGUUCGUCACCACUAAAUUAUGGUGUACGGAUCAUACCAGGCCGGAAUAUGCACUUAGGGAGUCCUUGAAGAAAUUGAAUUUGAGUUAUGUUGAUCUCUAUUUGAUGCAUUGGCCCGUUCCUUUGAAUCCCAAUGGCAAUGAUCCAAAAUUUCCCAAAUUACCAAAUGGAAACCGCGACAUUGAUAAUAAUUGGGAUUUUAUCAAGACAUGGGAGUUGCUUCAACAGUUAUUGCCGACAGGCUUGACGAAGAACAUCGGUGUAUCGAACUUAUCGGUAACUAAUCUUCUGAAGCUAUUAGAGUCAAAAGAAACGAAGGUAAAACCAGUCGUAAACCAGGUCGAGAUGCACCCUUUUUUGCCUCAAAAUAAACUUUUGAAGUUUGCAAAACAAAAUGGGAUUGUAAUCGAGGCAUAUUCACCUCUAGGAUCGACAGAUUCCCCUGUUCUUCAAAAUGAAACGAUUAAGCUGAUUUCAGAAAAAUUAAGCAUCACUCCUGCCACUUUAGUAAUAUCUUGGGCAAUUUGGAGAGGAACGGUUGUUUUACCAAAAUCAACCAACCCUGCAAGAAUAGAAGCAAACCUUAAGAUAGUUGAUCUUCUGGAUGAGGAUGGCAGGGCUUUGGACAAGAUAAGCGUUCUUCAUGGCGAGCGUAGAAUUGUGUCACCUGAUUGGUAUCCUAUUAAAGUUUUCAACGAUGAAGAGUAA